UUUAUUUUUGAUGGUAUAUAAAUAAAUUGAAUAUUUAAUAUUUUUAUUUAAGAUACUGUGAGUGGCUGAGUGGAGAUAAGUGUGAUAGUUACUUUUAAGAUAGGUGAAAUAAUAUGGGUAUAGAAAACAUGCGUCGCUGGCCCAUGUAUUUGAUGUUCGCCGUGUGCAUUCUGCUGGUCCUUUCACUAUUAAAUAGUGGAAGUAUGCUCACCGUGUUGCGAAACAGAGUAGCUGAAAUGAGCGUACAACUUCAAGAAUGCUCUAAACAACAGACCUCAUGUAUGGAAGAGUCCCUGCGGCUUCUUGAACAAAAAGACGGUUACGUUUCAAAACUCGAUGAUCUCGACAAAGAAAAAGGGAAGCUGAUUGACGACAUUAAAGACUAUAAACAUAGAUUAACAGAAACUGAACUUAAAGUUAAUAGAACGAAAAUGGACGAGCAGCUAUGUGUCGCGGAGCGGGAGUCUUUAAAAAAUCUGCAGCUGAGCAAAGAAGGUGUGAUCCAGACUUUGAGAUUAGAAAAAGUCACUUUAACGGAUCAAUUAGCUGAUAGAAAAAAGAAGAUAGAAGAUUUGGAGAAGCAGGUAGAAAAUUUAAAGGCAACUUUAGCUUCUAUGGCUACAAAGCCAGCAGCAAACAUAGUGUCAUCUAAAGUUACUCCUGCCGCCCAGCCUCCUAAGUUAAGCCCUGCUUUGAAUGCUCACGAACCGCUUAAUGAGCCUAUCCUUGACAAUGAUGCCAAGGAAGACAUUGAUGACACAAAUGUGCUAAAUGAUGAUCAAGGUUUUGAUCCACAGAUGUAAAUAAGUUUGUUUUAUUGUAAGGAUUAAUUGACAGGGCAAUAAUGAUGAUUGUUACAUCUUGACUGAUAAGGAAAAACAUAGCCAAAUUGUGUUAAAUUCCGAUAAAAUUGUUCUCACAAAUUAAUUUUAUACCGUAAUUAGUAUGAUUUAUGAUAUUUUUAGCUACUUAUACUAUUUGUAUGAACAAAACUACACUCCCAGUGCAAUUAUAUACAUGACAUUUUAUCAUAUAUGAUAUUACAAUAGUUAAUUUAUGCAUUUACUACUCAUUUUUCUAUAUUUAGUUAUCUAUUGUUAAUCAUAUGAAGUAAUUACCAUUUAGAAGGGUUAUUGUUGCCGAGUAAUUGGUAAGUUUCCAUGUUUUAUAUAAUAUGUAUUAAUUUUGUUAAAUGCUGGCCUACACAUGAGGGAAAGAGCUAGGCUUAUGUAUCUGGUUAGUAAACCAGGGGACUGAGCAAGGUCGCAUUUUUAUCGUCUGUUACCAUGCCUGUCACGUUCUAACAAGUAUGGAAGUGUGAAAGUGACAGGCAUAGUGACAGGCGAUAAAAAUGCAACCAUGCUGCCAACGCAGGCCAUAAUACACACAAGUGUAAUAACUAUUAUGAAAUGGUUUUUUUUAUAAAGAAUUCAUGCAAUCAUUUCAAAUCACAUUGGGUAAACAAGUAUUUUUUUUGUUACCCAAAAUAUUGCAAAAUUGUACCUGUUAUUAUUUUGAAUAAGGUACCAUAUACCCUAAACUAACUUUGAUUAAAAGUAAUUUUAUAGUUAUGCUAAUAUCUGGUAAUCUUUUUUCACUACACAAAUCUUAGCCGAAAAGUACACCUGACCUGAUAUUAGCUUUAACUAUGCAUAGGUACAAACAUCAAAAAGAAAUAAGGAAAUAUUUUUUUUAUAUUUAAAUAUACUGUUGUAUUCAAUAGUGAAGUCAACAAUAUGUUAUUAAACUAUUAUUUUCUGAUGAUUUUGUAUAUGGUUGUGGGAUAGUGCAAGGAGAAAAUUGAACAUGGAGGCAUUAACAUGAACAGGAAACCAAUCUUGUGUUCAUAUCAUAUGUGUCAAAGAAAGUCGAAUAUACAAUGAAUCUGUAUAGCAGUUAAUACCUUUUGAAAUUAAUCUCAAGCUGAAGCUGCUCGACCCCCAUUACAAAGAAAAACCGCAAAUCGAUGUACAGGUUAGCCGUUUGGCACACGCAUACUAGAGAUCAAAACAAAAUUUUUGACGCGCAGUUCCUAAA